AUGAGCGACCCCACCAAGUUUGCAGAGCCUGUGACGUCCUUCGACGUGCACAUCUACUUCUUCCAGGGCAGUGAGCGGAGCGUGCAGUCGGCCGCUCGACUGCGCGAGGAGAUCCUCCAGACCUUUCCUGACUUCGAGGUCUACAAACUGCACACCACCCCCAUAGGUCCGCACCCAACGGGCAUGUUUGAGGUGGACCUGCGCACGCCCCAGCAGUUCGCGCAGUUGGUGCCGUGGCUCGUGACGCGACGCGGCGAGCACAGCGUGCUCAUCCACCCGCACACGGGCGAUGGGCUGCGCGACCACACCGUCAACGCCAUCUGGCUCGGCGACAAGGUGCCCCUCAUCCUCGACGUCCUCCGACCACGAACCCAGCAGUGA